GUAAAAAAUAAAGUAAAUUUUAUUUUCGAAGACAGCAUCCGAAAUCGGGCUUGGUCUUCGGGCCGCGGAUCAUUUUCGGAAGUGGUCUACAGCUUAUAUAAACGUGUGGCAGCUGCUGCGUUGGUAAUCAGUACUUGGUUACACUUCUUCGAGUCAUCACACAUAUACAACAAUGUCAAGCGAACCCAUCAAUGUCUUGUUUGUAUGCCUAGGCAACAUUUGUCGAUCGCCCAUGGCGGAAGCCGUGUUCGCCCACGUUGUCAAGCAAAAGCAACUUGACGGCAACUUUGGCACGAUCGAUUCAGCAGGCACCUCAAGCUUUCACGUUGGCGAGAAUCCGGAUUCGCGAAGCGCAAGUACUUGCAAGGAUAACGGCGUUCCCGUAAACCAUCGUGCACGUCGCGUCACUCAAGACGACUUUAGCAAGUUUGAUUAUGUUUUGUGUAUGGACAACUCCAACCUUGCUGACCUUCAGGAAAUGAAACCAGCUGGAAGCAAAGCAACCGUGAAGUUGUUUGGUGAUUAUGACCCACAAGGCGAAACGAUCAUUCGGGAUCCUUACUACGGUGGCAAUGAUGGAUUUCAGCGUAACUUCAAGCAAGUAACGCGGGCCAGUGAAGGAUUGCUGAAGGCUUUGGGAUUGAUCUAGUUUUAAUUAUUCGUAGUACCACAUAUUGUAGUCGUAAUAGUAAAAGAAGCAUAAAGUACAGCACAUGCACCGGCUUUUUCUUUUCUUUUAAUCAUCCAAAUACUGUCUUCUAUUAUUCCUGAACAUAGAUUAUGUGGAUGUGCCCAGUAAAAAUGCUCUUCAUGAACGGAGAAGACCC